CUCGUGAGAAGCCAAAUGACCUCCUCGAGUCCCCAACAGCGACCGGAACACCGGUCGGGGCCUCUGCAGGGCAAACGCCCCUCUCAUGAAGGGCUGGAGUGGGGGGCUCCAGGGCCGGGGUUGCGCUCCCCGCCCCCUGCCGCCAAACACUCUAGCGCUGACUCCGAGGCCUCGGCGGACCACGGGGCGGGGAAAGAGGCGGGGCCGGGCCGAGGGGGCGGGGCCCCGUGGCUCCUCCCCCCGACGGACGCCGGAGGAGCGGCGGAGCGGCGGGGCGCCGACUCGUCCGAAACUGGUGUGCAGUGGUGGGCGCCGCCUCGGAGGAUGGGCUGGUGCGGCCGCCGCUCAGGGCCGCCGCCGUCGCUGCUACUGCUGCUGCUGCUGGCGGUGGCCGGCGCCGGCGCGGCCCCGCGCUCCGCGCUCUACUCGUCCUCCGACCCGCUGACGCUGCUGCAGGCGGAUACGGUACGCGGCGCCGUGCUGGGCUCCCGCAGCGCCUGGGCCGUGGAGUUCUUCGCCUCCUGGUGCGGCCACUGCAUCGCCUUCGCCCCGACGUGGAAGGCGCUGGCCAACGACGUCAAAGACUGGAGGCCAGCACUGAAUCUCGCCGCGCUGGACUGUGCUGAGGAGACCAACAGCGAAGUCUGCAGAGACUUCAACAUCCCUGGCUUCCCGACCGUGAGGUUCUUUAAGGCCUUCACCAAGAAUGGCUCAGGAACAGCACUGCCAGUGGCUGGUGCUGAUGUGGAGACGCUGCGGAAGAGGCUCAUCGACGCCCUCGAGUCCCAUAGUGACACGUGGCCCCCUGCCUGCCCCCCACUGGAGCCUGCCAGGCUGGAGGAGAUUGAUGGCUUCUUUGCAAGAAACGACGAAGAAUACCUGGCCCUGAUCUUUGAAAAGGCAGGCUCCUAUCUGGGUAGAGAGGUGACUCUGGACCUGUCCCAGCACCAUGGCAUCGCGGUGCGCAGGGUCCUGAACACGGAGGGUGAUGUGGUGAGCAAGUUUGGGGUCACCGACUUCCCGUCUUGCUACUUGCUGUUUCGGAAUGGCUCUGCCUCCCGGGUCCGCGUACUUAAGGAAUCCAGGUCCUUCUACACCGCGUACCUGCAGAAGUUCUCCAGGACCACCAGGGAGGCUGUCCCGACCACGGUUGCGCCAACCACAGCUCACACAGCAGCUCCCACUGUGUGGAAGGUCGCAGAUCGCUCCAAGAUCUACAUGGCUGACCUGGAAUCUGCACUGCACUACAUCCUGCGGGUAGAAGUGGGCAAGUUCUCUGUUCUGGAAGGGCAGCGCCUGGUGGCCCUGAAAAAGUUCAUGGCAGUGCUGGCCCAGCACUUCCCUGGCCAGCCCUUAGUCCAGAACUUCCUGCAUUCCAUGAAUGACUGGCUCAAGAGGCAGCAGAGAAAGAAAAUUCCCUAUGGUUUCUUUAAAGCUGCCCUGGACAACAGGAAGGAGGGCGCUGUGAUUGUCAAGAAGGUGAACUGGGUUGGCUGCCAGGGGAGUGAGCCACAUUUCCGGGGCUUUCCGUGUUCCUUGUGGCUCCUCUUUCAUUUCCUGACCGUGCAAGCAGCCCGGCACAAUUUAGACCACUCGCAUGAAGCAGCCAAAGCCCAGGAGGUCCUCCAGGCCAUCCGGGGCUACGUGCGCUUCUUCUUCGGCUGCCGAGAUUGCGCCAGCCACUUUGAGCAGAUGGCGGUGGCCUCCAUGCACCGGGUGGAGAGUCUGAACAGCGCCGUGCUCUGGCUCUGGUCUAGCCACAACAAGGUCAACGCCCGCCUCGCCGGUGCCCCCAGCGAGGACCCCCACUUUCCCAAGGUGCAGUGGCCACCCCGCGAACUCUGUUCUGCCUGCCACAAUGAGCUCCGGGGUUCGCCUGUGUGGGACCUGGACAAUACCCUCAGAUUCCUCAAGACCCACUUCUCGCCGAGCAAUGUCGUCCUGGACCUUCCUUCAGCCGGGCCGGGCCCCCGGAUGGUUGCCCAGAGGAUGGCAGCCAGAAAUUUUACUCUGGGCCCUGAGAAGGCUGGGGUCAUGGCAGGCCCAGGAACCACGGUUCCCAAAGUUCUGGCAGAGACACUGAGGGUGAGUCACCCCCGGGAUGUGCUCAUUGGCCUCAGUAUGACAGCUGAGCCAGACCAGGGACCUCCUGAGCACAUAGCAGAGCUUCACAGGGAUGCGUUGGAGCGGCCAAAAGGGCGGGAACACUUGACCAAACGAGACACAGGAACCGUGUUGCUGGCCGAGUUCCUCGCUGAGAAGAACCCCAGAGGCCCUGCAGAGCUGGGGCGAGUGGGUCGCAGCUCAAAGCAGCUGGCCAGCAUUUCUGAUGGGGAGCUGGAGGCUGGACCCGUGCGGGGCCGGAACCAGUGGCUACAGGUGCUGGGAGGGGGCUUCUCCCACCUGGACAUCAGCCUCUGUGUGGGGCUCUACUCCCUGUCUUUCAUGGGCCUCCUGGCCGUGUACACCUACUUCCGGGCCAGGAUGAGGGCACUGAAGGGCCACGCUGGCCACCCCACAGCCUGAACCAUUCACCUUGGGAGGGGGCGGGAAGGGGAGCUGCCGUUCAUGGUGCUCUGCCAGCCCCCUGCUCCUCUCCCCUUUUCCCUUGCUCCUUGUCCAGAGAAAUCCAGGGAAGCCAGUUGCUCCAAUGAACCUCCUGGGGCCCUCUGGGAAGGAGAAUUCCAUAGCCAUGAAAGCGCACCUAGGGCUCAUGUCCAUCUGACAGCGCGGGGGAGGACAGCUGUGGGCAGGGGGGAUGGGAGGCUCUGUCUCUGGCCUCUCAGGACCCACAUUGCUUUUUUUCACCUUGUUUGAAGUCCUGCUCAUUCUCACUGAAACUUCCGUGUCUCCCACCUGGCCUUGGGCCUAAACUGGGGCAAGUGAGGCCACAGUUCCCCAGGUCCCCCAUCCAGAGGAGCGUUCCCAGGGCUGGCGCACUAGAGCAGAACUCUUCACUGCACCCCAGGCCCCGUCCAUCCCGCUCCCUUCUGGAUGCAAAGAGGCCUCUGUGCCAGAGAAGGCAGGACUGCCUCUGGCCCUCUGUGGUCUGUCCAUCCUCCAGCCCCUCAGUAUCUAUGGGGUGGGGUUUGCUUUGGGGGGGGGGUGGGUCUGGAAGCUUCUGAAUGUCCUGCUGGUCCCCCAGGUGAGGCUUGGGUGCGUGUUGGAGGGAGGAGAGCUUCUGGCUCCUUCCCCCACACCUCUGCUUCAGGAGGGGUGCAGGCCAGAGCUGGUGUGGACUUGGAUGGGUGAUGGCCAUGGGGCUGGGUGGUGAGCAGCUGGCUUGGCGGGACCUGAUAAGGGCUGGUGUGGGAUUUAAGGAGGGUGCUGGUGUCUUUAGUGCCUUGGCUCUGGGCUUAGCUGGAGGGUAGAGUGAAGCCACAGGGAAAAGAUGGUUGCUUCCAAUGUGCUUUGUCUCCUCCCCAGUGCACUCUACCCCUCCUAGAGCUGGGUCUUUUGUCUUUUGAUUUUGGCCUUCAAAAUAGAUGCUAAUGUUUGAAUGUGGAGGGUGUUGCAGUGAGGAAGUGUCCUCUCUCUCAAGGGCCCACCUUCCAUCGUGCAGAGGUUAAAAGGGUCAGAGGGGAGGGUGACUCUGUACACAUGCUCGAUUCCCACUCUACCCCACUGCUUGGGAGGGUUGUGGAAUAAAUUAUUUUUGUUAAGGCAAA